CCAGCAGGUUUGACUAAAACCACUGGUGUGCGUUGUGUGAGCUUUCACAGCUCUCAUAACACCAAAACUGAUAUGGACAACUGGAGCAGAACAGCGAAGAUCGCUUACAAGCGGUGGAGAAAUCCUGAACUUAGGGGUCCAGUAAAUUUUGUGGGUCAGAACGAUGAGGACCAGGGCACAGACAAUGAGAUCUGCACUAUAGCCUCCGCAAAACCCAACACAGGGGGAGGAAAGUCUGCAUUCAGAUCUGGAUUUGAUAGAACUGAAGGAACUUUUACAGUAUACGAUGCACUGGAGGCCAUCGGGUUUGGAAAGUUCCAGUGGAAGAUCUGUCUCCUCACUGGACUGUCGUGGAUUGGAGACUCCAUGGAGAUGAUGAUCCUCAGUAUCUUAGGCCCGCAGCUGCACUGUGAGUGGAGGCUGCCCAGCUACAAGGUGGCUCUCAUAACAUCGGUGGUGUUUGUCGGGAUGGGGCUCAGUUCACCUAUAUGGGGGAAUGUGUCCGACAAGUACGGCAGAAGAGUAGGCCUGAUGAUCUGCAUGUGCUGGACUCUCUACUACGGCCUGUUGAGUUCCUUCAGUCCGGUGUACGGCUGGCUCUUGGUCCUGCGGGGCCUCGUAGGCUUCGGCAUCGGAGGAGCUCCUCAAUCGGUGACACUGUACUCAGAAUUCCUCCCAGUGAAGGCAAGAGGCACCUGCAUCAUGCUGAUUUCGGCAUUCUGGGCAAUUGGUGCUGUGUUCGAGGUCCUGCUGGCACUGUGGAUAAUGCCCACUCUCGGCUGGAGGUGGCUGCUCGGCCUGUCCACUAUACCAACAGCAGUGUUUGUUUGCUUCUGCUUCUGGCUGCCGGAAAGUCCUCGCUUUGACGUGCUGACGGGAAGAACAGAGAAGGCCGUGGCAACUUUAACACGCAUCGCCAAAGAGAAUGGCAAGGCCCUGCCUAAAGGGAAGCUGGCUGCCUAUAAACAGAAUGGCCGUGGACAGAUCAAAGACCUCUUUGCUCGUCAGUAUUGGAGGACUACUCUUCUUCUGUGGUUGAUAUGGUUUGCAAAUGCCUUCUCCUACUACGGGAUAGUCCUGUUGACAACUGAGCUCUUCCAAUCUGGACAUUCGUGUGGGGUGACACAAGGGGCCAAGAUUGAACCGAGCUGUAGUCAAGAAUGCAAAUAUUUGACAUCAGCUGACUACAAAGACCUGUUAUGGACUACCUUGGCUGAAUUCCCAGGUCUUUUAGUUAUCCUUGUGGCAGUUGAACGUAUUGGCAGGAAGUGGAGCAUGGCGCUGUGUUUCUUCAUGUUUUCUUUGUGCAUUCUGCCCUUAUAUGCUUGCAUUGGGAGGUUAGCCCUUACAAUCUUCAUCUUCAUUGCCAGAGCCUUCAUCUCUGGAGGAUUCCAAGUUGCUUUUGUUUACACACCAGAGGUGUUCCCUACAGAAAACAGGGCCUUAGCAAUGGGGAUGUGCAGUGCCGUGGCCAGGGUGGGUUCCUUGAUUACCCCCUUCGUGGCACAGGUGAUGCUCAGGGUGUCAGUGAAUUUGACCCUAUCGAUGUACUGCAGCUGCUGUCUGCUGGCUGGCGUUGCAUCCUUGAUCCUGCCCAUAGAGACUUUGGGCAGGGGUCUGCAGGAGUCCAGUCUUGACCAGGAGGCCGGAGAGCAGAGGACCACCACAACCAGGCAGUCAAAUCUGGCACCACACUUCUAGAACCAAGGGACUCGAAGGGAAUGAAAAAAAAUUGAAAAGAAAGGCUAUUUUGUGAACUCCCAGGCUGCUGCAGACACAGUUGCCUGUUUAACUGUGGAUUGAAUCCUCUGAGCGAUGAUGGGUGAAGAACAACAGCAGACAAUCUCAUUACAGGCUGGGAGUGAUAAUUGAGAGCAGGCCUACUUCCCAUGUCUAAUGAGAGCGGAAGCACACUCGUGCUUGGACUGGUUUGUUUACCCUCUCUUCCAUUUAGGCCGUGAGAAGCAACACAGGGAGAUUUCAGAAAAUGAUGAUCCAUUGUGCAGGCUCUGCUUAGAGCUACACAUUUUAUGCCUUGACCUCAAGAGACUGGCAUUUAUUUUAAACAUUUUGAAUAAAAAUGACAUAUUUAUUUAUGUACAACUUGUUAAUUAAAGUUAUUCAAUCUGU